AUGCUGCGGUGCUGCUCGUCCCUUUUUUGUGCAGCCGUGUCUACGGAUGCGAUAUUUAGGCGGGCAUUUGGCUCUCAAAGCAUUCUCAUUGACCUCAUUCCGGUAAAGAAGCCGAUGAUUGAGGGCUCGCUUAGCUGGUUUGUCGAGGAAAACAUUGAGAUUGUUCUUGUGUCGGGUGUGCGGGGCACAUGCUCUGACGCGGUGACGGAGAACGUGAAGCGGACGGCGGUGCAUCUUUUGCAGCAGUGCGGGGAUGGGGAUGCGGUGAAGGGCUGCCACACAGUCAGGCGAUGCAUUGAGGGGGCGAGGGCGACGCGGAACCUGCUUCACCGUCUCGACCUUCAGGUGCGUCUACGCAUCUGGGGCCCGAUGGUGAUGAUGAUGAUGAUGAUGGAGGAAUCCUCGUCAUCGUCAUUACCCACUAAAGCAGCUAUGGCAGCUAAGGUAAGAUCUGAGGGGGAACGUAAAGGGGAAUUACACUGUUCAGUUUAUGAGGCUGAUGCGUGGGACCCUUAUAGAAAUGAACGACACAUCAUGGAUGUAUCGAAGUCGCCAUCGGUGCAAUCCUUGUGCGAUCUCCUGCGGGAGGCCCUACGGAUUUUGCGACGUGAUGCGGAGGUGAAAGGCCGACAGUUUGCUCUGGCCUCAUGUCAAGAAGCAAAGUUGCUUCUUACAACAGCGACGCCCGUAGCCUCCAUAUAUAGCGAUAUUUGUUUCCCCCAGGGAAAAAUAUGGGGGGAAACGGGGGGCGCUUUUUCGAAGGAUCCGGUACUGCGAAAUUUGCUGUGUCCCACAACCUACGCAGUGGACAUGGAGUUUCUCCGUUAUGAAAGGGAUGAUGCGAGUGCUUUUGGUAUUAUUGCGGGCAAAUGGGCGAUACACGAUGAUGCGGGAAACACAGAGAGGUGUGACGUGCCAUUGAUGACGCUUAGGGACAGAGCCGGCCUUAUGCAUCAAGGCAGGUGCCAUGAAUUAGUACGCCAAGAAACUGAGAUUCUAGAUGAUUCUGCAAUCAAGUCAUUGGAAGAUGCGGGGUCUUUUGUUCGUACGAAAAAUUUGAGGGAUCCUGAAAUUGUUUCGACGCUUUUGUGUUCAAUUUGUUCACAACCGCUUCUUCAAAUUUUGCUUUUUCAUGUCUCUUGUGACAUUUUGUGCGGCCAAUUAGCCCCGACAAAAGCGGAGGAUUUUGUUGCAAGUUGUGGGCGAGUUGUUAUCGACGCGUGGCUAAGUGAAUGGGGUCACCCCGUGACGGUUCCUAUGGCACCGCGUUGUUUGAAAUACCCUAAUCCUUUUUUAUUCCUGCAGGAGUGUCUGCCACUGGAAUUUGGCACAAGAGCGAUGAUGCUGGCAUCUGUUGGAUCUUUACAUUUUGGAUAUCAUCUGGCCGUCACGGCUGGUGGGCGUGUGUCGACAAUUGUGGGUGGUUUCAGUUCUGCUGCGACGGCGUUAUCGACGCUUUUUCCGUGGCACGUGGCCACACCACAGCGAAGUUUUGCGGUUGUGGAGCCGACGCAUCAUGGUCAAAAGAACACCCAAACUUCGAGUAAUUCCCAGGCAAGGAAGGAGGAGAAGGGCCCAUCGAAGUCACGUAAGACUUCCAAUGAGCACGCUGAGGCAAACCCUUCAUUUGUCGUGGAGGUUAUUGACAUGGAAGCCACACUUAGAGCUAUGGGCGUUGCCUCGGGGAAGUUUAUUCAGGAUGUUGUGGAGUAUUCGGAUGCGUCAGGUCGGACUCUUUUUCGGUUUGAACAGAUGGACUCACUGCAGGGGAUUGAACGAUUUGUGAAGCGUCUUCGGCGAAGUCAAUCCCCAUGUUUUGCUUCUAUUUUCGUUCAUAACAACAAGAGAGCCCCUGCUCUUCUCUUGUGGCGAGCCUUUGCUGGAAUUUCAGCGCAUAAAGCGCCACACUACAUAAAGCGUAUUCGGAUCCCCAUACCUUUAGUUUCAGAUGAGUUUUUUUCAAUUCGCUUUUCGGGUUUGCUGGAAAUGGAACAAAAAGAUUACGCAUUGCUUAGCAUUCUUGAACGCUACUCCAAAGACCCGAAGCAAUGGCCUUUGAAGCGUCUGUCACCAUGUUUUUUUAACCUAUGGCGGCUGACGCGAGGAAUCAUUGAGGCCAUUCUACGUCAUGAUCCACUGUUUUGUUACACCAUUAAGAGUGCUCCAGUAGAGGUGCAGAAUAAUGAAUUUGUUUUGUGUUUCUACUCCGGGGAUGAGAAGACCCAUGAGACGCACAUAAAGGAGAAGUGCUUUCUCCAAGAGGUGCGGCGUUGCUUUGCUCAGUAUGCCGCACGAUGGGAUAUCGAAGUCCCUUCUGUUGAGACAAUGGCGUUUGCGUUUAUGGAGAUUAGAAAGAGUUUAUCGAUUUCUUUUAGGGCUUUUGUGACGGCAUUUUUACAAAAUAGCGUGAUGUUGCUACAAAAAGAAUCGAAGGCGUCGUUGAAGCUCCAAAUUGUUGAUGACGUGAGGAUUAAUCUUUGUAGUGCUAGUUUUGCUCAAAACGAACCGGUGAAAGAGAUGCUUUCCAAGACAUUUUUGGCGGAACAGUUCCCCGAAGCGCUACCGCUAGUCCACCUGCUGCAGCGGGCACACACUUUUAUUUUACUUAGUACUGGAGAGGGGGAAACGUUCUUUCGGUGUCAAGACACCGCUGAGAGACCGGGCUUCCGCUGGGAGCUGCAGAAGAUUUCUGGUGGCGUGGAAAAUGUGACGGUGUUGGACGCGGCGGAGGGGUCGUCGCGGUUCGAGGCAUUAAAGGCGCUCUUGGAAAAAAUCGCUGGUAAAGGUGAAGGUGAGUCCUUCCGUGCAGCGCUCGGCAAGGGAAAGGCGGUUCCCACCAGUCUGGCGUUUGCGAGGACGAUUGAGGACUAUCAAGAGGUGCUUGCACAAAAGCUUGGGAUGAAGAAGAUUAUUCAUGAAUAUGACGUGAAACGUAAAUUGCUGAUAGUGAAAGGAGUCUACGACAAGGAACUUGCGACCGGGACCAAAGAAAGCAUCAUUCGAGUCAUUUCACUCGGUAAGCUGUGUUCUGUUGGGGAUAUUAUUCACAGGUACUAUCGCAGAGAACUUCAUCUUGCCAAUCCACCGCUUUUGGAGGAUCAUGAGCAACUGCGAACCGCCUCCUUGGAAUGGAUAUACAAAUUGUGCCAGACACAUUUUGCAUUACCGUUGCCACCGCUGGAAAAAUCAAUUGUCAUACAACCAGAGAAUAAGGGAUGGAAGGUUGUACUGCGUCUUCCGGCGAGAC